CUACAGUUGUUGUAUAUAAAUAGACCCCUGGAGCACUGCUGUGUGAACGUUGUCUCUCUUUAUUUGCACUGCCACCAUGUGAUCGGCUCUGUCCCUGUCCUCCCCACCCCCUCCCUGGAUGUGCGUCCUCACGCCCAGAGCUCAGAACCCAUGGAAGGGCUGGCGGCAGGCGCUGCUUUCCGGAACCAGCUGCCCCACAUACCGGGGCGGUGAAGGGACACUUUGGGGCGUUGCCCUCGCCUCGUUGCUGUCUCCAUCCCCAGGCAAGUGGGAUUGGCAGCGCUGGCAGAUCCACCUCUAGCGGCAAGCAGGAACCCAGGAGUCCGGGGCAAGGCUGACCUUAGGGGCGGACUCUGCUGUAUCCAGGGGCAAUAGGCGCUAACGGACACAGCCCCCCUGCCCCAAGGGAGUUUGAAGGCACCUGUCACCGGAGGAUCCGGACACCGCGAUGGGGCCCUCCAGCCUGGCAUAAACCCGGCCCCUCCGAUGCAGCCGAGGGAGUGGUGGUGCCAUAGACACGCCCUGGAGCUGCACAGGGCCCUGUGCUGGCUCGGGUCUCUCCUCGGCUCGCGGGAGAAGCCAGGGUCGAAGCAGAGGUUGUGUUUGCUCCUGCUGCCUGGGACAAAGUCCCUGACAAGGCACCAGGCCAGAUCUCCCUCUCCGCCUGCCAUGACCUCCUAACCGCAGCCGGCGGCCUCCGUGGGUCACAGCAUGGAUGUGAAGGAGUUCCUAGCCAAAGCCAAAGAAGACUUCCUCAAGAAAUGGGAGAGCCCCUCUCAGAACACGGCCAGUUUGGAUCAGUUUGAUCGAAUCAAGACCCUGGGCACGGGCUCAUUUGGGAGGGUGAUGCUGGUGAAACACAAAGAGACCGGGAAUCACUAUGCCAUGAAGAUCCUGGAUAAACAGAAGGUAGUGAAGUUGAAACAAAUUGAGCACACCCUCAACGAGAAACGGAUCCUCCAGGCCGUCAACUUUCCAUUCCUCGUCAAGCUAGAGUAUUCUUUCAAGGAUAACUCCAAUCUGUACAUGGUGAUGGAAUACAUCCCGGGCGGGGAGAUGUUCUCCCACCUACGGCGGAUCGGGAGGUUCAGUGAACCUCACGCCCGGUUCUACGCUGCUCAGAUCGUCCUGACCUUCGAGUAUCUGCACUCGCUGGAUCUCAUCUACCGAGACCUGAAGCCAGAGAAUCUCCUGAUAGACCAGCAGGGCUACAUCGAGGUGACGGAUUUUGGUUUUGCCAAGCGGGUGAAAGGCCGAACCUGGACUCUGUGUGGGACCCCGGAAUACCUGGCCCCCGAGAUCAUCCUCAGCAAGGGUUAUAACAAGGCUGUGGACUGGUGGGCUCUGGGUGUCCUCAUCUACGAGAUGGCGGCUGGUUACCCCCCAUUCUUCGCGGACCAGCCCAUUCAGAUCUACGAGAAGAUUGUCUCUGGCAAGGUCCGGUUCCCUUCUCACUUCAGCUCGGACCUGAAGGACCUGCUCCGGAACCUGCUGCAGGUGGACCUCACCAAACGCUUUGGCAACCUCAAGAACGGGGUCAACGACAUCAAGAACCACAAGUGGUUUGCUACCACCGACUGGAUCGCCGUCUACCAGAGGAAGGUGGAAGCUCCCUUUAUACCAAAGUGCAAAGGCCCUGGCGACACGAGUAACUUCGACGACUACGAGGAAGAGGAGAUCCGGGUCUCCAUCACUGAGAAGUGCGCCAAGGAGUUUGCUGAGUUCUAGGGCCAGCGACAGCCUUCCCCCCCUCCCCCCGCUCGGGAGGGUGCGCACGGAGCAGGUGGGGGCGGGGUUGAUUUUGAUCAGCAGAAAGACCCGAGUUCCUUGCCUGUGUGUUUUAUUUUUGUGGGAGGGGGGUAGGGAUUUGCCUGGAUCUGGUUUGGGGGGGAGCGGGAGACCCCUUAUUCUAAACCUGUACUGAGUAAAUGACAGUGGAGAAGGGCAGGAGUCUAAUUUCUCCCAUGCGCACCCCUGAUGCCCCCACUUGCACAUGCUUCCCCCCCCCCGCCAUCACAAGCCUGCAGCUCUCAUCAUCCCCCCCUCACCGAGGGUUUAAACAGAUCCCCCACACACACACACUCAGCUCCCACUGGUUCCUUUCCACCCCCUCGCACCGAUCCGGUUACCCCCACGCUGCCUCUUAAUCCACACGUGCUGUACCCCCACCGUCCUGGCCGGCUUUAUUGGUGGCUUUUAGUUUUUGAAGGGGGGACAGGGGGCAUAUUUUGCCAUCAAAUUCCUCCCCCCUUCCCCCCAGAUCUUCAUGGCUAUUUGCAAACCUUCUGGGAGCAGGGUGUGGAGCAAAGAUGCACUGUCAUGGCAGAUCAACAUCUUGGCUUCCAGAAUAGCUUUGCACCCCCCCCCCCCCCACACACACACAGACGGGGAGUUGGUGGGGAGACAAAAUCCCAGCCCCCCACCACCACUCUGGAAAGAGGAAGAAGGAGGAAAUCUUGUCUCAUUUUAUAAACUUGGGGGGGGGGGGGGGGGUUGCUCCUUUUUUUUUUCUUUUUUUCUUUUUUUUUUUAAAUGAAAAGUAAGUAAAUUAAACCUUAUUUUCCUUUGGGGCAUGGGGGGGAAGAGGUUUUAAAAAUCCAGCCUUGGGGCUGGGCUACCUUACCCUACAUCAGCCCCCGCCAUCCCUGGUGACACCUCCCUUCCCCUCUUCUUCUUCCCCCACCCCGAAUUUUAACUCUCCAAGCUUUGAAUGUGUCUAGGUUUUAGCAAGGAAAAACAAGAGACAGAUCUGUUUUUUUUUUCAGGUAGAAUCUGACUGUAUUUCCCCACCCCCACUGCUCUCUGCAGGGUGUCUGGUUUGGGGGUAUCUUACACUGGCGGGGGGAGAUCUGGGGGUCUGUUACAGGCUGGAAUGGAGGUGCUGGGAGAGGGGAUCUCCCUGGUGGGUUUUGGAUUUUUAGCUCCCCUUGGAAAUAAAAUGCUGCUUUUUGAAUAUGGGCUAUGAAUGUGAGCAGCCCCCCACCCUCACCCCUUCUUUGGUCUGUCCUCUUGUGUGUCGGGUUGGGGGGUGCAGGAGGAUCUGGUUCUGGGGCACUUGGUUAUUUUCGCCCAGGUCAGUGGGGGUUUGUACACUCUUCUCCCUCCCUCCCCCCAUAGGCCAAAUGGUGCCCUGCAGAAAUAACCUUAAAGGAUUUUCUGGUGGGGGGCAGGGUUCUCCCCUGGGGCUCCAUUCUGUACCUCCGAUUUUAUGCUUUCGAUUUACAUUUUAAGAUGACAAGGCGGGAGGAGAUACCAGCAAAUGGGGAGGAGGGGGGACAAGGAACACAGGAUCCCAACUAGGCCCUGAUCUCCCCACCUCCCCAGGGAGCGACUCCAUUAGAUCUGUGGUCAGGUUGGAAGGGGUGGGGGAAGGGUGCUGAUACCUAGCCAUGAUCCUGCUUUAUGUGGGAGGAGGGAAGGUGCGUGUGGGGGGGGCUCUUGUUCUGUUCAUUUACUUUUCUUCCUGUCUGAUUCUUUACUUAUCCUCCCUCCCCCGCCCCCAAUGCAGUGCAUCAGUGGGGUGGUCCUGUUCUGACCCCCCCAGCCUGUCUCCCAUUGUGUGUAUUCACCAGCCGGUUGAAUUUCUUGUUUCUCUCCGGGGCGAAGGUGUGUGAGCUUCUUUUGGUUUCAUAGAUAAAUUAUAUAUAUUAUAAAUACAUGAGCGCUGUCAGGAGCGGAGGGGGGAGCCCCGUGGCUAUCCCUCCCCCCUUCCCCUCAAAUCCCCUUUUCCACAAAGAAGCUUGAGAGUCCAGUCUAGAGGGGGGUGGUAUCAUCCGCCCCAUCCUGGGAAACACAUCUGUGUCCGCCGACAAAACUUGUUUCACUGGAAAAAACAAAACGACCCCCCCAGCCCCCACUUCCUCUUUAACAGUGUGCUUUGUUGUCAACAUAUUUGAAACAAUUACCAAUAAAGUUUUGUUUAAAAAAAAAAAA